UGGUUGAUUGUGCCCGUCUGAAUGCAUGCUUGUUUGUCAAGAAAUAGUCUGCUGUCAUGUCCCUCCACUACAACAACUCUCAAGUCCCUUCAUCCACGCAUCUGUCCUGAAACUUGCAAGACAUAUAGCCCAGAUGAAUAUUUACCAGAGCAAGAGUCUUCCAGUCCAUAGUGUUUCUGCCAAACAUCAGCCUCUCGUCGGCUAGUUCAAAGUUGGGCCGGCUAUAGCGAGAUGGCCACAGAAAAUAUUACAGAGAAAAGAAGAUUACAAAAGUUUGGCUAUGAGAAGUAAUAUCAUAAGAACUGCGGACAAGAAGCAAAAAAAAAACUGUUUUGCUCUCAUCAGGAUUCGAACCUGACUCUCUAUUUAAACGCACCCAAGAGCAAAUCCAAGAACCCAAAACUGCAAGUAAAUUUGUUAUCCAAGAACCCAAGACAUGAACAUCAGCGAAAAGCAAAGGGAGAUCAGCGAAAAAGACAUCAACAUCCGGAAGAAGACAGGGGAAUCAACAAAAAAAGACAGCAACAUCACCGACAAGGAUAGGCACAUCGGCGUAAAGAACAUCGACACCAUCGAAGGAGACAUCAACAUCUUUGAAAAGACAUCGAUAUCAGCGAAAUGAAGAGUAGAACAUUUCGUCUGAAGGUUGAAUUUGGGAGCUUUUUAGGACGAAGGAGUUCUCGUUGCGGAUGGGAGAGCAUGUUAUUCAGCAUGCUGGCAUUGACAAAAAGAUCAGCGAGAGGGACAUGGGGUCAGCGAAAAAGGUUGAUCGUAACGAAGAGCAGGAUAUGUCGUUGGAAGGUUUAGAUCCGGAAAUUUGACAUUCUGAGGUCGAGACAAGGAGAAGAG